AUUACCACAUGGCUAUAUAGCAAUCCUUCCCUAUAUCAAAUAAUUCCCUAGGCUGAAGAAUUGCAUUACACGUCUUGGUUGAGCUGAUCCGACUGCGUUCUGCAAACAAUCCUACAGUGGCUGUGCUUAAAGAGAUCAGCAGACAAGCGGCUAAGUUAACAGAUGGGCAUCCCUAACAAGCUGCUGAGUGGUUUCUGAUUUACAUGGCACAGUGAGUGAGAGGCCCCGGGACCACGCCGGUAACCCGUGCUACAAACAGAUGCAGAUGGUGAACAUUGCUCUGUCGGCUCACAGGAGAUGUUCUCUCUCUCUCUCCGGCUGUCGAGUAGUUAUCAGCGAUUGCUUAUCAAGGGGGAGGGGGGCAGCCGAUGCAGCAGGGAUCUGUGACUAACCCCCUUCCCUCUCCAUCGACGCUAACAUGACUUGGUAUAUGUAAGGACACAAAUAUACAGUGAACACAUGGAAAAAAUCCGACUGUUAUAUGGACACAGCUCCUGCACUGUGCUCUCUUCACUCUCAGGGCCAGGAUUUACAAACCUCGUGUGAAAAGGCACUAGAGAAGAGAUUGGAAAUGUGCACAGCAAAGGGGUGGAUACUUUCGGCCAGAAAUCGAAAAACCAGAUCAGCAACCUCUCCAGAGUGAGACUGAAAACAGCCCUUACUCAUGAUCAACUCGGAAAAAUUCUGCUGCAAUGAGAUGCUACUGGAAACGAUCGGUGAUGGUGGUUGGUUUCUUCCUAUUUGUUUGUCUUUUCAUGUUCCUCUUUAUGAACAAUGAAGAAGGGAGCAUAUUGGAAGAAGAAGAAAGGAGAUUGGCCAAAGAAAUAGCUGUACAGCAGUUGUAUUCAGAGAGGAAUGUGCAGAACUUCAGGGAGCUGAUAAACUUUUCUGCACCUAUUAAUGUCACCUAUCAAUAUUUAGCAGGUUAUCCUUUACUGAAAAAGAAAUAUCUUACAGUAGGACUGUCUUCAGUGAAACGAAAACGUGGGAAUUAUCUCUUUGAAACGUUAAAAUCCAUAUUUGAUCAGUCCACAAAUGAAGAGCUCACUGAGAUGGUGGUGGUCGUACACUUAGCAGACUUUGACAUGGCAUGGAAUGCACAAAUAGUUCAACAGGUUUCCAGAAAAUUUGCUCACCAUAUUAUCUCUGGCCACUUGGUUAUCAUUCAUGCUCCCCAAAUGUACUAUCCAUCUCUAAAAGGUCUGAAACGAAAUUAUAAUGACCCAGCUGAUCGUGUGACUUUCAGGUCAAAACAAAAUGUCGACUAUGCUUUCCUGCUCAAUUUCUGUGCAAACUUAUCCGAAUAUUACCUAAUGCUGGAAGACGAUGUUCAAUGUGCCCGUUCUUUCCUAACAGCCAUCAAGAAAGUCCUUGCUUCAAAGGAGGGUUCCUAUUGGGUGACAUUAGAGUUUUCCAAGUUGGGUUAUAUUGGAAAACUUUACCAUUCUACUGACCUUCCAAGAUUGGCCCACUUUCUCCUAAUGUUUUAUCAGGAGAUGCCAUGUGACUGGUUACUGAUUCAUUUUCGAGGCCUUCUCACUCAAAAAGAUGUCAUCCGCUUUAAGCCUUCCCUUUUUCAGCAUAUUGGAUAUUAUUCCUCUUUCAGAGGGACUGAAAAUAGGUUAAAGGAUGAUGACUUUGAAGAGGACUUCUUUGAUAUACCUGACAACCCGCCAGCCACUAUCUACACAAGUCUCAAGGUAUUUGAGAACUAUGACCCCAGCAAAGCUUAUAGUAAUGGUGAUGCGUACUUUUGGGGAAAAUCACCCUCAGCUGGAGACUACUUCAGUAUUGUAUUCAUGAAGCCAAUGAAUGUCACCAGAAUCCAUGUUGUCACUGGUUCAGAAGAUAGACAUAAUGAUAUUCUUCACUCUGGCAUCCUUGAAGUUGGAAAGAAUCCAAAAAUAACGCAGAAGGGUAAAGAUUGCUCAGACUAUGUUAAACUAAAUGAGUUCCAAAAAGGACUGUUUGAUAAAAAAGAUAUCAAUACCAUCAUUGAUUUCAGUGUAGACUGUGUGCGAAUAUCUAUAACAAACAGUCAAAAAGACUGGAUAAUUAUUAGAAGCAUCAGUAUUUGGGUAAAGCACAACAACCCUCUAUGACGACAAUAUAUCCCCAAGUAUCAUUCUCUUCCUUACUCUCCUCAGUGACUCGUGCUGGGACAUAGUUCUGUGAGGGUAUCUUACUAAAUGGUUUCUUGUUUGUGGGUGAGCUUAGACAGUAAAUGAUGUCAGCCUAUUCAGUGAAACAGUGCCACAGCUCACUGAUGUCCUGGCACCUAUUAGGAGUGUGGUAAAUGGUGAUUGGGACCAAAGCCUUGGUUGAUUUGUACCACCUGCCCUUAUCUCAGUCCAAGGAUAUUGAAAUACGAAGUUUGUUUUCAAAGCCAAUUGAAAUUACAUUAGUGCAUCUCACUUACUAAGUUGAACUGAAUACCUACCAAUUAAUUUUUUUUUCAGAUCGAUAAAAACUUUUAAUAUAUAAUGAAAAUAAUUCCAAAGGAUCGUGUGAUGUUUUGAUUACCAGGCUAUCUGCUGCCAACUAGCAUUCCAUACCAAAUGAUUCAUUCCAAAUAUAUAGCACAAAAAAUUAAUUAUUUCAAAAGAAAUCUUGCGUUCUCUAAUUCUUGUGUGCCUGUUUGUUUCCAUACAAUUUCAGUGUGUAAGCCACCAUUGCAUUAUGACCCUUCUCCCUCAGAAGUAAGUGGUCUGACCAGAGAUUUGAAUGUGAUGGCGUUCAACAGAUCCUCCAUUUCUGCCCACUGAUGUAAUAACCUAACUGGUACUGAAAAGAAGGAGCCAGAACAAGUUUAUUAUGCCAAGGGCCAAGUUGUAAUGGAAAUUCAUGAAUCAUCCAAAUGUGCUCACAAAAUAUCUGGGACAUCUGUUCUACCCAACACCAGCUAUUAACAAGCACAAUGAGAAUGCAGCAUUAUUAUGUGUGUAAAUGGUUUAAAAUCAAAAGUUUAGAUUGCUGAACAAAGCUAUCUUGAAUUCAUGAUGCGGAGGUGUGGGUGUUGGACUGGGGUGGACAAAGUUAAAAGUCACAUGACACCAGGUUAUAGUCCACAGGUUUAUUUGAAGGUACAAGCUUUCAGAGCACUGCUCCUUCAUCAGGUCACUAGUGGAGCAGGAUCAUAGGACACAGAAUUUAUAAGUAAAAGAUCAAAGUGUAAUACAACUGAUCUAAUGUAUUAGACAAAUCUAGCUGUUAAGUCUUUAAUCACUUAGAACGGGGAUGCAGGUUAACCACUUAAUUGGCAUGGAGAGAGGUUCUGUGCCAAAAUAAGAGUGAUAGAUGUGCUCUCCAAACUGAAGAAUUAACAGGGGACUUUGGGUUGAGUGGUGUUGCAAACUGUAAUAAAGAAUACAUAGCUGAGAGGGUAUUUCAACAGGAAGGCACCCUCUGACCAAUCUCUUUGAAAAUUGGUUUAAAAAAUAGAGAAACCAGCUAGGCUACUGCCAGUAGGAGAAUCCCGCUGGAAGGUGCCAUUUGGCUGCACCCUCAUCAAGGCAGGUAGGGAAAACGUGAACUCCCCUGGAUGACUGGCACAGAUUCUGCCAAUAGCUGCCCACCUUCAGGCAGUUAAAUUACUGCUUUCUCCCCCUCACUUCUUUCUUCCCCUACCAACAAAAGAAAACUGAUAUCAGGAGAUUGAAGGCUGACUGGAAACUCCCAUUUAGUGUCCUUGGACUAUCCUUACUUAACAAGACUCUUAAUUAGCCUAAAUGGCUGCAGCCAGCCCCUUCAGAUUCCAAAUCCACCUCAACCUCUCUAAAUGGGCAACAGGGUCAGGAAGCUGACACAUCCAUCUCUGUUCUACACCUCACCAGGGCCUGAAAACUCUGCCGUCACGUUGAUGCAAAGACAGAAUGGAACAGAGUGAGGAGAAUAUCGGCAAUUUACAUAAUUCUGUGAAUUAGGAUGAGCUACCAGGAAGGUCACGAUUUGACGAUGCUGGUGUUGGACUGGGGUGUACAAAGUUAAAAAUCACACAACACCAGGUUAUAUUCCAACAGGUUUAAUUGGAAGCACUAGCUUUCAGAGCGUCGUUCCUUCAUCUGGUGGUUGUGGGAACACAAUUGUAAGGUACAGAAUUUAUAGCAAAAGUUUACAGUAUGAUGUCACUGAAAUUAUACAUUGAAAAAUACUUUGACAAUCAAGGUAUUUUUCAAUGUAUAAUUUCCGUUGUGUCCUCCACAACCACCUAAUGAAGGAAUGACGCUCUGAAAGCUCGUGUGCUUCCAAUUAAACCUGCUGGACUACAAACCUGCUGUUGUGUAAUUUAUAACUUUGUACCAGGAAGGUGAGUUGCUUCUGAAUAGAGGUUUAUUUGUGUCUGUAUUGAGAAAGCAAGGGUGACAGGUGGAAUUUCAAACCAUUAACCAUCUGAGGGAGAUUCACCGUCUUCUGUAAUGUUGGUUAUUGAUAAGGCGUUAUGUAUAUUUGUGCAAACCUUUGUACUAUAAUUCAAAGAAUGCCUUUACUUUGACGUAUUGUAUAAAUUGAUAAAGAAUGUGAUUAUUACUGUUUUCAAAGAAACUUUGAAUAUGAACUUUUAUUCAUGAACACCUAUAAAUAUGGAAAUGUUUACUCUUGUGCUUUUUUUUAAGGUGAAGGAAGAGUUGUUUGAAUGUUUGAGUAGUAAUUACAACCAUGAUCCAUUACUAUUAGAAACGUCAUAAUAUAUUUUCAUGAGUUGUUUUCAAAAUAUACCUCUUUCAUCUGAAUUUCGACUGUUCCAAAGGAUGCAAAUUAAAACGAUAGACCGACAAAAUGCAACCUAUUCUGUUCAAGCAUAGAGAGAUUUUCUGUAAUUUUUUUCUCACUAACCAGAAUGUGGUGUUUUGCAAACACAUGAAGUGUGCUAGAACUGAAAGUAAUUAUAACAAGGAAGUAUUGUGCCCUGUUAAUAUUGUAUAGGAAAACAUCCAAAUUGGUUGAUUUGCAUGCUAGCCAAAGUUGACUUUUUAUGGAAUUACGUAACUAAAGCUGGCCACAGGAACAACACUAGAAAGAUUGUUAAACGUUCUGGUUAAAUUAGUCAACAUCAGUUCACAAUGAAGGCUUUGCAAUGCAUUGAUCAUUUGUAAAUGGUCUGCAUUGCCAGUGUGAAACAGGUUAUUCUGGAUCCAUGGGUCCCAAAGCUUUUCCACCCUCUGCUCUUCCUUGUGCUCUGUUGUAGACUGAUUAGUCAACAAUUCCUCAUUAUCGUUAGAUUAUGCACCUACCAGGAUGCUGGAAGACCAUCUUGAUGGAUCUUUUAAUCGUUCAGCAAUUCCACAUUUACUAGGUCAGAUUGCAAAGUGCUUUAAAAGUUCAUUUUACACUGCUUGAAUCCACACUCCUGCCUCCAUACCCCUGACAUCCAAGUCUUGUGCAGCUGGUGGCAAUCUCCAAGUGGAAUUGUUUGAUUCUUUGAGUGCCAACUGUCAAAUUUGUUAUAACUGGAAAGUUUGCUUUACCAUUGGCCCAGUUACAAUGGAGCCUUGUAGGUAUUUUAAUCGACGUAUUCGAGAAUAUUAGGAGAGGGAUGUGUCCAAUGCACCAGAAAAACCUUCAUAUUUGAGUCUUGUAUUGGGAGCCAGAACAGACCUUGCGUGGUGGAAGAGUUUUAAGUGUCAGAACAGUAGCAAUGUGCCAGCAGCAAUCCCAUGGCACUGCAAAACCUGUGGUUUAGGUGGACUUCUGGAGUUAUGCCCAUUGCACAGAUUGCACUUAGCGAGUUCUUACAGAUGUUGAAUUAAUGAGCUGUUAAGUGACCUGUGUAAAGGACAAUUAUCAAUUAUGCUUAUAAUGGGCAUGAACAGGUCUACUGAUUUACGUAAUUAAAUCAUGUAAAAAUCCUGUUUAGUUUUGUCAGCAUUUGGGAAAUUCCAUUCUGCAUUUCCAUGAUUGUUAUUUUUCAAAGGAAAAUGUAAAUCCAUGAAUAUGGUUGGAGCCCAUUUAUGUAGCUCUUGAAGAGUACACUGUGUGUAUGUACUGAACUACAAAUCUCUUUUUACAGUGCACAAACAAAACAAGCAUUUUGCGAAGUUUAUAAAUGUGUACAGUGUGGAUGCUCUGAAGGGAGUGGGAAAGAAUAAAACUUUGUACAACCAGAA